UUCUCGCCACAAGACGAUACACAAUAUUGAUCGCGUCGUGGUACACUUUUUUUUUUUUUUUUUUUUGUUUCGAUAGGGCAUGCGCGCAAAAAACCCGUCACUUCUGAUCUCAAAAAGGGGCGGUCGUGGAUGAGAACGCGUACCGGUCAAGAGGUUUCAGACGAGUGUGGCUCAAACGCCUAGAUUUUCGAAGCCGUGAACACUUAUACUCUCGAUCCCCAUGUUCAAGCUUGUUAGCUGUGCCUUUUUUCGGGCUGAUUUCCGGGCUCGACCGCAUCGGAUAAUUAUUGCCUGCCGAGGCAUUCCUUCUGUUCCAAAACUGUCCUCUCGUUCGGUUCGGUCGCCUCUUCAAGCUCGGUUCCAUACCGAGCGCAGGCGCCCGUCCGGGGUCGCGAAAAAGGGUGUCCACAAGCGGACGAGCUCUGUGUGCGAUGAGGACCUGGAGGAGGCCGAGAGAAAGGGUGUUGACUUGUUUCCAGAAGUCGCCAGCUUUCCUCGUGUGCCUCGGCGUUCGAAGGAUGCUGUCAUGAGCGACCAGCAGAUCGAGGAGCUGCUCCGCCGGUGCCUGCCGCCGGAUGAGGUCGAAGAGGGCAUUCGGGAACACUACAGGUUGCAGAAGGCAAUGAACGAAGGAACGCUGACGAAGGAGGACGUGGAACAGUCGGGUAUCGUGUUGAUGCAUUUGGAGGAAGCUGGCGGGGUUAAGAAGCGAGUGAAGGCGAAGCCCUCGAGAGUCAAGCGAGCUCGCGAUGAGCCGACGCGCUCCGAAGUGACGUCGAGCGAUCGAGGCCAGUACGAGUCGCUCAAGAGCGGUCCAUCCGGGGCAGUAGGGGCAAAAAGAGAUACCGGUGCGGAGAAGCCUUCUUCGAAGCAACGAUUGAACAGUUUGUUGGCGGAAGGACGGAAGCUGAUAGAGGACAAGCGGUGGAGGGAGGCCUGCGAUCUGUUUUGCAAGAUAGGACGCGACUACGUCUUGCCGGGCGUUUUUUUGGAGUUUGCCACAAAGGCCGAAAGGGCCAAGGAGUACGCUCUUGCUUGCGAGGCAGCAAAAGGCGGACACGCUUUGAACGGGGACGAUGUAGAGGUGAACUUGGUGCUCGCGCGCCUCCUUUGCGCCAACGAGUCAGAGAACUUUCCGAAGGACAAGCAGAGUCUGCAAAUGGCUCAGAAAUGCAUCAACAAAGUGCUGGAGCAGAGACCCGACUGCGACGCUCUGGCCGUCAAAGCCAAGAUUUUGGUCUUUCGCGAGAAAUACAAGCGCGCUGCCGCUUACUACAGAAGUGCCAUCGAACUGGCGGAUCGCGGGGGAUGUCAGAAUUCGGUACGAAUGUCUUUGUACAAGGGAUACGCAUCCGCGCUUGCCGGGCUGCGUCUCUAUGCCAAGACCGAGAGAUACCUGAAACUCGCUGUUGAGCUCGACGACAAAGACGUGGAGGCCGCGUCGCUGUUGGGUCAGUUGUACGCCGACGGAAUGAAUGAUUUGGAGUCGGCUGCCAAAUGGUACAAAAAAGCGGUACAACUGGACCCGAGCGAUACAAAAUGUAUCGUUCGUCUAGCACGAGUUUUCACAGACGUUGGAUAUUCAGGCUACAACCUCGAGAUGGCGCAGAGAUGCUACGAAAGAGCCAUGUCGUUGUCUCCUCAGAGCGACCUAUUUUUUGAACUAGGGUGGACUUCUUUGCACCUCGGCCACGAGGAGAAGGCCGUUCGCUGCCUGGAAAACGUGUGCAAGUACGACCCAGAUCCGCAGAGACAGUGGGCCUCUUUAGUGCUGUUGGGCGAGGCGUUUGCGUUCGGCUCGGCCGACCGCGCCUCCUUCGAAAAGGCCGUUACGUACUACGAGUGCGCGUUGCGCCGAAAGUACGACGCGAACGUCAAGCUCAAUCUCGCCAAAUGCCUGCUCAAGUGCGGCCGGGCGGAGGAAGCGGAGAACCUCUUGUCAGAACUGCGCACGGAAGAACCCGACAACGUCGAAGUCCGCUGUCUCCUGGCAGACGUCUACCACAUCAGCGGGCGCACGUUGGAGGGCACGCGAGAAAUCGACGCGGCAAUGUCAAAGGACCCGACUCACGAAAUGGCGCAGUUCUUGAAGGGUAAAUUUUUGUUCACCGAAGGCAGGUACGACGAGUGUACCAGCUAUCUAGAGCGAGCGCUGAAAAAUGUACCAGCCACGCACACCCAGGAAGAUGCCGCUCAGCGAGCCCAGAAGUGCCAGUUCGCGCCAGAAGCAUUCUUCUUACUGGGAAGGUCGCUUCAUUUGCUCGGCAAACAUUCGGAUGCCAAGGCGGCCUUGGAGACGGCCUCCCAACUUGACGAGGAAGACCCCUGGAUCUUUUUGACCUUAGGAAGGACGUGUCAAUUGAUUGGCGACGUCGAGGGUGCGAUCAGUGCCCUCAGAAAGGCUAGCGUACUAGACUCUCUUUCUCUGCAACCCAAUUUUUAUUUGGGGAACUUGUACACCGAGCGUGAACAGUACGACCACGCCGCAACAUACUACGAAAAGCUGAUACGCAACCUUGCCUCAGCGAUAGAGAAGUCGAACUCAGGUACCUUGGAGGACGGCGAAAAAGCGGAGUUCAUCGACGACUCGCGACACGUGCUCGAAGUUUAUGACAAGUUGUCGGUCGUUUACGAAAAACUGGCCCAGCUCGACCGGAAUAAGGCAGGACGGUAUCGGCAGCUGGCAACAGAAUACCGUGCGGUGGCUGCAGAGCUAAGGAAGCAGCAGCUUGGUGGAGAGAUAGAGUGACACUUCGUGUCUGACUAACUGGCAGCACAAAAUUGGACGCAACACAACGAUUUGUACCUUUGAACCUAUGUUGGACAAAGGGGCAUGUGCAGGGAGGUUGAUUGCUAGACGGGACUUUAUAGGCUUCGACGCGUCGAGGGCGAUGGCCAUCAGGUAUGAGGAAGCGUUCUUCGAGGUCACGCAACAGAAAAAAAACAUUUUUUUGAAGGGUGCAAAAGAUACCGAGACUGCGAAGACGGUGCAAAAUUUUUUGGGAUCGAGGAAAAAAAAAAGCUGACUCUUCGUUGGCGAAGAUGGCGUCUUUGUAGUUCAGAACUAGAGAAGGCCGAGGUGAAGUUCGCGCUUUUCGGGCGCCAAGCGUGGUAUCGAAAAUGCGUUUCUUCUAAUUUCGAUGAGGAUGCGCGGCCCUUAACGAACGGCAUCGCCGAGUCGAACAAAUGAAGUGGGCUGACCGGCCAGAUUAGAGAACAGUCAAAAUUGAACAAAUUUGUAAAGGCUAAAAAACACGUUUUUUUUUAUACGUUUCUGCACUUGUUUUUAUAAUAUCGUCAAAUCUUUUUAUAGGUUUUUCCUUUUUACUGAUCCAAUGUCUGACGCAGAAGAAAAGGCGACAAGCAAAAAGAGCGACGUAGAGCCAGUCGAAGGAGAGAUACCAAAAGAGAGGACCGUGGAAGAAGAUAAAGAAAACUUGAGCGAUGAAGAAUAUACCGAUGGGGAUUUGAGUGAAGAAGAAGAAGAAUCCGUCCAGGCUAAUACUGAGGAUAAUGAGCUGGCCGAGCUCCAGACCGAGGCGGAACUUCCCCUUGAUGAAUUACGCAAACGAUAUCACGGGUCUGAUGAAAACAAGCCUGGCGAAGCCGAUGGUGAUGUGAAUACUAGUAAUCCAGCGGAAACAGAUUCAU